GCCCUGUCACGGAUCACAUGACGCGAAUAUGGCCUCCUGACUUGAUUUCGUCCUCUUUACAGCUGUGUCUUCUAGCUCUAUGUUGCCACCGAAAAACUCCCGUUUUUCAUCGAAUCUAGCACUCCAGACCCUCCGAGCUACGGCCACACUGAAUAACUGACCAUGGCGGACCAAGCAUAUGUGACUCUGGCCACAAAUGACAACUAUGCCAAAGGAGCGAUGGUUCUGGGGAGGUCGCUACGCAACCAUAACACAACCAAACAACUGGUGGUUCUGAUUGGACCUCACGUAGCAGAGCCCUGCAGGGCCAUGCUGAGUAGCAUCUAUGACGAGGUGUGUGUGGUGGAUAUCUUGGACUCUGGUGACACGGCCCACCUGGCCCUGAUGAAGAGACCAGACCUCGGAGUGACCUUCACCAAGCUGCACUGCUGGACACUCACACACUACACCAAGUGUGUGUUUAUGGAUGCAGACACACUGGUGUUGUCCAACAUCGAUGAGCUGUUUGAGAGGGAGGAGUUAUCUGCUGCGCCUGAUCCGGGUUGGCCAGAUUGUUUCAACUCGGGCGUGUUCGUCUUUAAACCGUCCAAUGAAACAUACCGCAGCCUUAUGACACACUGCACUGAGAACGGCAGCUUUGACGGUGGUGACCAAGGAGUUCUGAACAGUUUCUUCAAUACCUGGUCAACAGCAGACAUUUCCAAACACCUGCCUUUUAUCUACAACCUCAGCAGCAUCGCUAUAUACACCUAUCUACCAGCCUUCAAACAGUACGGUCAUGAGGCUAAGGUGGUCCACUUCCUGGGGAAGGUGAAGCCAUGGAACUACUCCUAUGACACUCAGACUGGGAAGGUCAAAGGUCACACCCUCACACCUGGCUCGGGUGACCUGCACCCUGACUUCCUGGUUCAGUGGUGGAACCUCUACUCCUCUGGGGUCCUACCUGCUCUCAGAGACUCAUAUGGAGACACACUGUUCUGCUCCGGCUGCACUGAGGAGGAGGUCUGUGACAGUGUGGUUGAGAUCAUCCUCCCCCCGCCUCCCCCUCAGGCGCCCCAGGUGUCCAGUGAGGAGAGGAGGCAGCGAUGGGAGGCGGGCCAGGCAGACUACAUGGGAGCCGACUCCUUCGAAAGCAUCCAGAGGAAACUAGACUGCUUCCUCAAGUAGAGGGCCAGAGGGAUGACGGACGGAGAGGGCAUCCAUUGGCAGGCCUGAGAUGCGUCAGUCAGGGCGGGGCUCAACUGGCAUUCGACCAAUCAGAAGAGAAAGCGGUAGAGCAUGACGUAUUGAAAAGUCACAUCCUGGGCCUCUCUCUCUCUCUCUCUCUCUGUUUUUCUCUCUGUGUGUGUGUUCGUGCUUCUGUGUGUGGCCUGGUUCUGCAGAAAAAACCCCUGCAGAGACUGGUCCAUUCAGUGUUUGAACACCAGUUUACUACACUAUGCAGCCCCCAUACCACCACCUCAGUGCAAAAGCCUUGGUCAGUAAGUAAUGACUCAGUAAUAACCUCACUGUGACUCUGCCUCACCAAGUCCCAUCCAGACCCCAUGACUCUAACAGCUCUAACCCAGUUACUCAGUCAAACAUGAUAAUGACGGGCAGUCGUGCUUUUACUCUUUAAAGUAUUCAGAGAUGGGUCGGUAUGAAGUAUUUCCCUCUAUAAAAUGGAAGAACUGUUAUUUUGUUUAUUAAAGUUUGCAUCCCAGUGGUUAUUUCUGCUCUCCA